AGGUGGCUUCGGCAGGCGCCGACAGCGCCAGGCGCACUGCACUUGCUCUCAAGGAUGGACAGCAGGGAAGUCACGAGAGUCGUGCCGAAGCAAAACGCACGCUGGAAUGUCGCUCGUCCGGCCUUCCCGGCGCACGGUCGUCGGCAUCGUCUGCCGCGACCUCGAGUCAACGCGGUCAGGCCCACCUGACGGCAGCCCGAGGUACUGCGGCGCAGUCACACAGCGCGGCUGCAACAGCCGAUUCUGCCUCGCCGUCGUUUCCGGGCUCGCUUGCGUGGUCUGUUCGUCGCACGCAGCAGGCUGCCCUCGGCAUCCUCGGACAAGUCACCUGUGACGUGUGCCGAGAGCCGUUCGACGAGCCCGUCACGCUUCCGUGCGGGCACAGCACCUGCUUGCGCUGCAUCGUCCAACGCACCGCUGCAC